UAAUAUUCUUAUUUUGGAAAAAACAGAAAACAAAAAAUGUGACAAAAAGUUACAUUCCUGCGGAUUUGACCCUCUGGUGGCUGCAUUCGAAUCUUUGAUUUCGAAUAACUGAAGUAAACAAUAACCAAAGUCCGUCGAAAUCUUCCUUUUUUUCAUUUGGGAUUCCCUCAAUCUUCAUCACCACCAUCACCAUCAUCCCCUUUCACUCUGUUUCCCUCCAAACAUCAAAAAAUGGCGCUCCCAACCACUACCCCUCUCCCAAAAUCUCUCCCCCAUCCCCUUUUUCCGAUCACCUCCAAAACCCCCCACCACCGCCGUCUUUCCCCUUCCGCCCGAUCCUCAAAACCCAUCUCCGCCAUUCAUGCUGCCGACCCAUCAAGGUCGUCCAAAUCAUCUAUCCAGGUCCCGACGAAAUGGACCCUCGAUAGCUGGAAGUCGAUGAGGGCUCUGCAACUUCCCGAAUAUCCCGAUCAGGCGGCGCUUGAAUCUGUCCUCAGGACACUUGAAUCUUUUCCGCCGAUCGUCUUUGCCGGAGAAGCUAGGUCCUUGGAGGACCGGCUGGCGCAGGCGGCUGUGGGGAAGGCUUUUCUUCUCCAAGGUGGGGAUUGUGCUGAGAGCUUUAAGGAGUUUAAUGCCAAUAACAUUCGUGAUACUUUCCGUGUUCUGCUGCAGAUGAGUGUUGUUCUUAUGUUUGGUGGUCAAAUGCCGGUUAUUAAGGUAGGAAGAAUGGCAGGUCAGUUUGCAAAGCCAAGAUCAGACCCGUACGAGGAGAAGGAUGGAGUGAAACUCCCAAGCUACAGAGGAGACAAUAUAAAUGGUGAUUCGUUUGAUAAGCAAUCUAGGAUUCCAGACCCAGAUCGAAUGAAUAGAGCCUACUGCCAGUCAGUGGCAACAUUGAACCUCUUGAGGGCCUUUGCCACGGGAGGUUAUGCUGCAAUGCAGAGAGUUACGCAAUGGAAUCUUGAUUUCACCGAGCAUAGUGAGCAGGGUGAUAGAUACCGAGAACUAGCCCAUAGAGUUGAUGAGGCCCUUGGAUUCAUGGCUGCUUCUGGACUCACUGUGGAUCACCCUAUCAUGACCUCGACUGAGUUCUGGACAUCUCAUGAGUGUUUGCUCCUCCCUUACGAGCAAGCACUUACUAGGGAGGAUUCCACUUCUGGGCUUUACUAUGACUGCUCGGCUCACAUGCUUUGGGUUGGAGAACGAACUAGACAACUUGAUGGUGCACAUGUUGAGUUUUUGAGAGGUGUUGCUAAUCCUCUUGGCAUUAAGGCAAGUGAUAAGAUGGAUCCAAAGGAAUUGGUCAAGCUUAUUGACAUUCUAAAUCCCAGGAACAAGCCUGGAAGAAUUGUAGUGAUAGUAAGAAUGGGAGCUGAAAACAUGAGAGUGAAACUUCCACAUUUAAUCAGGGAAGUACGGCGAGCUGGUCAAAUCGUCACAUGGGUCAGCGAUCCCAUGCACGGGAAUACAAUCAAAGCCCCCUGUGGACUAAAAACACGUUCAUUUGAUGCUAUUAGGGCUGAGGUGAGAGCAUUCUUCGAUGUACACGAUCAAGAGGGAAGCUACCCUGGAGGAGUUCAUUUGGAGAUGACAGGGCAGAAUGUAACCGAAUGCGUUGGAGGCUCACGAACUAUAACUUAUAAUGAUCUGAGCUCACGGUACCAUACUCACUGCGACCCCAGACUCAAUGCUUCUCAGUCUCUAGAGCUUGCCUUCAUCAUCGCCGAGCGGUUGAGAAGAAGAAGACUCGUAGCAGGACAGGCUUUGGCAUCGGUCUGACUCCCUGGUAAUUCAUCUUCUGUACCCACAACGUGCUUCGAUUUGUUGUUUUGGGUUGAUGUAUAAAAGCUAAAACGCGUUUGGAGUAUUACACACUUUGGGUUGUAUAACACCUGCCAUUGGUAUGUUGAGCCGAAAGGCUUAAAAGGGUGUUGUGUGAAACAUAAAAUGCAGUAGAGAUGUGGUGAAAAUAACUUUAUGUAACGUUACUACUCAGGUUUUUAUAAUAGUAAUAAUAAAAGUCUUUUUGAGAGGUAAUAA